CAUCACUCACACACACUCACUGUGUUCUAUGUGAGAGAUAAACACCCACACAACUCACAGAUUUACAUACGUACAUAUUCUGUAUCUAUAUCUUUAACCAACUCUUCUCACUUCUCAAUCUCCUAUGGCUUCUCUUUCAAUCUUUCUUGUUUUUAACCUAUUUUUCUCAACCUUUUUUCCAACAAGUUCCUCAAUUUCUACAAAAAAUCUAAUCCUACCACUAAAGAUUCAAUCAGUUCCAUCCGGGUCGGGUCAAAAACCGCCAAACAAGCUGGCUUUCCACCAUAACGUUUCUUUAACGGUGUCACUCUCCGUUGGGUCGCCGCCGCAGGCGGUGACGGUGGUUCUCGACACCGGCAGCGAGCUGUCGUGGCUCCGCUGCAAGAAAACACCAACCACUCCACUAUGGUUCGACUCACAACGUUCGAAAACCUACACUCCGGUUCCUUGUAGCUCCCCAACUUGUAGGACCCGAACCCGUGACUUCACCUUACCCGUUUCUUGUGACCCGAAAAAGUUAUGUCAUGCUAUUGUUUCAUACGCUGAUGCCACUUCUGUUGAAGGUAAUCUCGCGUAUGAUACGUUUCGGUUCACGAAUUCGGAUCUUCCUCAGGUGGUAUUCGGGUGCAUGGAUUCCGGGUCGAGUUCGAACCAAGAUGAGGAUUCCAAGGCCACCGGGUUAUUGGGUAUGAACCGGGGCUCUUUAUCGUUCGUUUCGCAAAUGGGAUUUUCUAAGUUCUCGUAUUGCAUAUCGGGUCGGGACUCGACCGGGGUUUUACUGUUUGGGGACACGAAGAUUUCGUGGCUCGGGCCGUUAAGUUACACGCCGUUAGUCAACAUGUCAACGCGGUUACCGUAUUUCGACCGGGUGGCGUACACGGUCCAGCUCGAAGGGAUAAAAGUUGCGGGUACGGUUUUAGGUUUGCCCAAAUCGGUAUAUGUACCCGACCACACGGGUGCAGGUCAAACCAUGGUGGACUCGGGUACCCAGUUUACGUUCCUUCUCGGGCCCGUUUACACCGCUUUGAAAAACGAGUUUUUGAAACAAACAAAAUCGGUGUUACGGGUUUAUGAGGAUCCGGAUUUCGUGUUCCAAGGUGCGAUGGACCUUUGUUACCGUAUUGACCGUAAACGGGUCGGGUUACCUGUGUUACCUAGUGUUACUUUGAUGUUUCGGGGCGCCCAAAUGAGCAUUUCGGGUGAGAGGUUGUUGGUUCAAGUACCCGGUAUGAUUAAAGGGAAUGAUCAAAUACAUUGUUUUACAUUUGGGAAUUCGGCUCUUUUAGGGAUUGAAGCCUAUGUGAUCGGACAUCAUCAUCAACAAAACAUGUGGAUGGAAUUUGACCUUGCAAACUCUCGGGUCGGGUUGGCCCAGGUUAGGUGUGAUUUAGCAAGUCAAAAGCUUGGAAUGGGCCUAUAGAUGAUGGGUCAAGUGGGGUAUGCUGGAUAUUUAUUUAACCUUGGAUUGAACCGGGUCAGGGCUUAACUAAUGGGCCGGGUUAGAUUAAGUACCCGAGUCUUACAACUGUUGGAUCAUGUCGGGUCCGGGUUCAAGGACUGGCUUUUGUAGAAUAGUUGUAAAGUUAUUUUUACAUGCAUUUUGAUUUAUUUGAGUGAUUUGCUUCUUUUGCAUUGUAAAUGGUAACAAAUGGACAUAUCAUGUUUCAAAAAA